AUGGCCCGAACGAAGCAAACUGCUCGCAAGUCCACUGGCGGCAAAGCGCCUCGUAAGCAGUUAGCUAUCAAAGUUGCUCGCAAGAGUGCACCAGUUACCGGUGGCAUGAGGAAGCCACAUCGCUAUCGGCCUGGAACCGUAGCACUGCGGGAGAUCCGCCGCUACCAGAAGUCUACCGAACUUCUGAUUCGGAAGCUGCCGUUUCAGCGCCUGGUGCGGGAAAUUGCGCAGGAUUUCAAAACCGAUCUGCGCUUCCAGAGUUCCGCUGUGAUGGCACUGCAGGAGGCUUGUGAGUCGUAUCUCGUCAGUCUCUUCGAAGACACCAAUCUGUGUGCCAUCCAUGCUAAGCGUGUCACCAUCAUGCCUAAGGAUAUCCAGCUGGCACGGCGAAUUCGUGGAGAGCGUGCCUAG